UAUAGCUUUAUUCAAUUAUAGUCCCUUACCUCUCUUACCUUCAAUUAUAUUAAUACCUCUCUGCAUUUACCUGUGUGUCGAUCAGCAUAGACCACCCAACACAGUCCUUUGUUUCCAUCUAACUCAUGUUUGUCAUUUGAAACCUAAUGCAAGAAUUACCUUUAGCAAAUCUUCUCUGACCUCUCUGCAUUGUUAGUUUCCUCUUUCUGUAUUUUAAAGUACCUUGCAUUAAACUAACACUUUAUUUUAAUUUUAGCUCUCUCUAUCCACUAGAUUGUAAGUAUCUGAAGGCAUUUCUCAUAUUAGGUUGGUCAAAAUGUUCGUUUGGGUUAUUCUGCAAGAUGUUAGGGAAAAAUCUGAAUGAACAAUUUCGCCAGACCAAUAUAUUUCUCUGUAUUUUAGCUUACCCAGAUUUCCUUUAAUAGAAUAUAUUCUCAAUAAAUGCACAAUGAAGAAAAUCAAAUAAGUUGUAAAAUAAGAAAUAUAGGUGGUAAUUAUACAUAAUGAGCAUAGGAGUGAUUGAAAAUAGUAAACAGAGCGAAAUACAUCAGAGUGUUGUUUCUUUGUGCAUGUCACCCUAAUUGUCCUGUGUUUUUGUCUCCCCACCUAGACUGAAGGUGCCUCCAUCAUCACAAUGUCUGUCUUCAAUGACUCUGUCCUAUACCCCUGCUUCCUCCUGACAGGCUUCUCAGGCCUUGAAAGCAGAUAUGGCUUAAUUUCCCUCCCUAUUUUUUUGGUUUAUGCCACCUCAGUUGCAGGGAACAUUACCAUUCUAUUUAUCAUCAGAACUGAGCCUUCUCUCCACCAACCAAUGUACUACUUUCUAUCAAUGCUGGCGUUUACUGAUCUGGGCCUAUCCACUACAACUUUGCCUACCAUGUUCAGCGUUUUCUGGUUCCAUGCCCGGGAGAUCUCUUUCAAUGGUUGUCUGGUCCAGAUGUACUUCAUUCAUGUUUUCUCAAUUAUUGAGUCAGCUGUGCUUUUGGCUAUGGCCUUUGACCGCUUGGUAGCAAUCCGAGCACCCCUGCGUUAUGCAGCCAUUUUAACCAAUGAUGUAAUCAUUGGGAUUGCUUUGGCAAUCACUGGAAGGGCCUUGGCUCUGGUCUUUCCAGCUUCCUUCCUCUUAAAAAGGCUUCAAUAUCGUCCUGUCAAUAUUCUCUCCUACCCCUUCUGCCUGCACCAAGACCUCAUCAAGACAACUGUAUCCAGCCGUCGGGUCAGCAGCAUCUACGGCCUCAUGGUGGUCAUCUGCUCCAUGGGACUUGAUUCAGUCCUCCUCCUCCUUUCCUAUAUUCUCAUCCUUGGCACAGUUUUGAGUAUAGCCUCCAGGACAGAGAGAGUGAAAGCUCUUAAUACCUGCAUCUCUCAUAUCUGUGCUGUACUCACUUUCUAUACACCAAUGAUUGGACUAUCUAUGAUCCAUCGCUAUGGGCAGAAUGCUUCCCCAUUUGUCCAUGUGUUCAUGGCCAAUGUCUAUUUGCUGGUGCCACCCCUCAUGAACCCCAUUGUCUAUAGUGUCAAGACCAAGCAGAUUCGUGACAGAAUCCUCAAGAAAUUCAACCAACAGAAAGUUUGA